AUGUCUCUUUUAGUCUCUAGGCUUUCGUUGUACUCGCCUUGGCUGUCAUCAGUUGUCAGGAAUAGAAACAGCCUCGCACUGCUCCUCACUCACCUCUCAAAUCAACCCCUCGACUCCUCGAGACAGCCGGAUCGACUAGUCAGCAUCUCGGUCUUCCAGGGCUUCCCACACACAAUGUCUCUGUCAGCUUCGCGUCUACUAGCCUGCCUCACCUGGCUCGUGGCAACCCUAUCGUUGCUAGCUGAGGCUUCUACUCCUGUUGUUGUCAAUGGAAGAUCAUAUGAAGUUGACACGGUCAUCACUCGAGAUGUCUGCGUGAUCGGUGGAGGAGGGUCGGGAACGUAUGCGGCAAUUCGUCUGUCAGACCUGGGGAAGACGGUGGCGGUUGUUGAGCGGAAGAGCCGCCUUGGAGGACACACGGAGACUUACAUUGACCCCGCCACUGGAGCUGCUGUCGACAUUGGCGUGCAACUCUGGCACAACACCACCGUUGUCAGGAACUUUGCCGCGCGGUUGAAUGUAUCCUUGGUCGACAUUUCAUAUUCCCCCACCGCAAUCACGGACUACAUCGAUUUCCGCACUGGGAAGAUAGUUACUGGAUAUAGUCCUGUUGAGCCUUCGGCGGCUGAUUUUGUUGCAUAUGCCGAACAGCUUGCAAAGUACCCUUACUUGGACAAUGGUUUCGAUUUGCCCGAUCCUAUCCCGUCUGACUUACUGUUGCCGUUUGGGGAUUUUGUCAAGAAGUAUUCCCUGCAGAAGAUGGUAGGAGUCAUCUUCGGCUAUGGGCAAGGGAUAGGUGAUUUGCUCUCUCAGCCCACCCUGUAUGUUCUGAAGCUUGUCGGCUUGACUAUCCUCGAAUCUCUCUCAACUGGUUUCCUCACCACCGCCCUGCAUGAUAACAGCUUGAUAUAUGAGCAUGCUACUGCCAUAUUGGGAAAGAAUGUUUUCUUGAACAGCACUAUCUUGGCCGUUGAUCGUGAAAGUCCCGAGGGAGUCAAGGUCCUCAUCAAGGAACCGACAGGGUUGACACUGAUCCGCUCUCAGAAACUCGUCUCCGCAAUUCCUCCUAAAUUGAACAAUCUACGAGGGUGGGACUUGAGCGAGACAGAAAAAGGCCUUUUCGGACAAUUUAGCAACGGAGCAUAUUUCACGGGUUUACUGCGUGAGACGGGCAUUCCGGACAAUGUGUCCAUAACAAAUACCAGAAACGACACGCUGUACAACCUGCCAGUACUUCCUGCCGUUUACACAAUGGGGCAAACAGGCGUACCUGGCUUGGUUUCCGUGUUCUACGGAAGCCCUUCUCCACUGCCAAUUGCGCAAGUUAAGGAGGCCAUUCUCUCAGAUGUGAAGAAACUUCAGAUACCUGGCAAAGGACCAAGCAACCCGGAGUUGGCUGUGUUUUCCGCUCACGUACCAUUUGAGUGCACGGUGCCAGCUAGUGCCAUCAAGGCAGGCUUCUAUAAGAAGCUGAACGGGUUGCAAGGACAGAGACACACCUACUACACUGGAGCAGCUUUUCAGGCACAGGAUUCGUCCCUGCUCUGGCAAUUUACCGAAGCAUUGUUGCCAAAUAUAACUGGGGCAAGCGGGAACCAUUCUCGGAGAGGAUAUGCUUGAUGGUGGGACGAGGUCGGCUGGAAUAUGACUUAUUGGUUGCUCCUGAUGGGAUCACACCUCGGGAAGAUGAUUUGGAGUAAUUACGAUACAUAAUACGAUAAUGGCAGAUACACUUUGAUUACCUACCGAGGCAGACGAAUUACUGCUCCUUGUCCUGGCCUUGCCAGUUAACGCAGUACAGUGUACAAGACAAUAUCAAUAAUAGUGAUUGAGCCAUACUUCAGCCCACUCAUUCAGCUCCUCUGAGUCGAGGCGCUCUGGCUAGGUUCCAGCCCUGAAAUUGAGAACGCAGACAUAAAAUGAGUAGCUUAUCAGCCUGAACAACG